AUGAAACCUUGCUCCUGUGACACCUUUGUGGCAUUACCUCCAGCAACAGUUGGUAACAGGAUUAUUUUUGGAAAAAAUUCAGAUAGGCUCUGUGAUGAAGUUCAAGAGGUAGUUUAUUUUCCUGCUGCAGUUCAUGAUAACGUGGAAGAACAUCUUAAGUGUACUUACAUAGAAAUUGUGCAAGUGCGUGAGACAUAUGCUGUUGUCCUUAGUCGUCCAGCGUGGUUGUGGGGGGCAGAAAUGGGAGCCAAUGAACAUGGCGUUUGCAUUGGGAACGAAGCCGUGUGGGGAAGAGAAGAAGUCAGUGAUGAAGAGGCUCUCCUGGGCAUGGACCUUGUCAGGCUUGGCCUUGAAAGAGCUGAUACAGCGGAAAAAGCCCUCAGUGUCAUUGCUGAUUUGUUAGAAAGAUAUGGCCAGGGUGGAAAUUGUACAGAGGGUGGUAUGGAAUUCAGUUACCACAACAGCUUCCUGAUAGCUGAUAGGAAUGAAGCUUGGAUUUUGGAGACAGCAGGGAAGUACUGGGCAGCAGAAACAUUCAAUUUGCCCCCAGCAGGAAGGCUGCUCUGA